GACACGGAAGUGAUUUGUGUAAAGCUAAGUCUGGUGAGUCGCUGCAGUUGACGGUAGGUCAGCCCUGUGGCAGGUGGCUAGUGAGGAGUUUUGCAAACAAACGUUACCGUCAACGUAGACCAAGAUAUAGCAAGCUUCGUCUUGUAGCCAGUUCCGUCACUCUUUUGGCCGAGGUUGCCGAGCUAUCUUUCUCCGGUGUGAUCAUGGACAGCGGCAGGAUGUAGUCAUUAAGCUACAGCUCCACUCAUGCUUCCUGUGUCAUACCAGUCCCAGCCAUGAUAGAGCCUGUGGUUGAUCACCAGAAACGUUUUCAGACUGCAGUGGAUGUCAUCCAAAAACUCCCCAAAAACGGCUCCUACCGGCCUUCCUAUAAGGUCAUGCUGCGUUUCUACAGUCUGUACAAGCAAGCAGUGUGUGGUCCCUGUACAGUGCCUCGGCCUGGCUUCUGGGACCCAGUGGGCCGCUACAAAUGGGAUGCAUGGAACCAACUGGGAAAAAUGAGUAGUGAGAGCGCCAUGGCAGCCUAUGUGGACGAGAUGAAGAAAGUUGCACAGGAGGUCAUUGACAUCAUGCCCAUCGAUGAGAAUACAGCCUCACUCUUCAAAUACUUUGAGCCUCUCUACCUGUUCAUUGAUGACAUGCCCCGACCCCCAGAGUCACUGCUGAAACUCAGAGAAGCUGAAUCUGCUGUGUUGGAGGUUAUGCCGCUCACCAGUGAUUCAGAAAGUGAAAUUUUCUCUGACUCAGUGGAUUCGUUGGAGCUCCAUAACAUCAAGACCAGGUCAGACAGCUUUUAUAAUGACCACGUCUCCCUGGAGUCCUCUCCAGCUCAAAGCCAGAAGGAAGGCCGAAAGGUUGGGGCAGGUCAAGGUGGAGAAGGAGCAGAGGAUGGGAAGGAUCCGGUCCGGAGGGGUCGGCACACUGGGCAAGAAACUUCUCAGCGUGAUUGGAGAGAACGUGCUCCACAGGGAAGUCUGGGGUGGUCCCCAGGUGGUGGAAGUGGGCAUGGACGUGGAGGAGGGCACAGUUCAGAAGGUGGUGCAGAGAUGCUGCGUGAGGCUCACCUACAACAGCAGAUCAUCCUGGCGCUUCAGAGGCUCAGAGAGGACAUGAGGAGUGUGAUGGACAGAUUGGAAGUGUUGGAGAGGCUUGCAGCCACACACGCUCACGAUUCAGACUUGAGAUCACGCCUGCAGUGUUCACUACAACAGGAACAGAUGUCAUGGCCGUUUGACAUGUCUGGGCAGACUGUCUUUUUGCUGCUGUGGCCUUUUGUUGCUCACUGUCUGGUCUACCUGCUGAGGAAGAAAAGUCGCAUGUCUUCAUGAAGCUGCUGACAUUCAACCUACGACCACUGAACAAGUCCACAAUAUCUGUGAAGGAGUUUAAUGGGGAGAAGUUAUCCUCUACAUCAUGAUGUGAUGUGAUGCUCCCCAUGGAUUCAUACUUCAUACAGAAAAUCAUGAUUAAAUCCUUCAAAAAAAUCAUGUAAUUUACGAGCAUCCUAUAAAUGUGUUAGAUAUGAUUCUUGGCACAUUUUUCAAUAACUGUAAUAAAAUAUUGUUCAAUACUUGUUGGAUCUCCCUUAAGCCUUCCCACUCUGGGUGCCCCAGGAUGUAGUGCCUUAGUUGUAGGCAGAGUAGACACAGAGACCCCUA